UAAUAAUUUCCCAGAGCCGCGGCGUUCUGUUGCCUAUAAGUCAUAGUGACGUCAGUUAUCCUGUGAACACCUCGUACAUGCUGGUCUGUAGUGUGUGGGUGUGGGUGUGCCCAUGUGUGUGUGUGUUUAAAAAUGCUCCACCCUGACACAGAGAUGCUGGAGCACUCCGUUUGCUUGGCGGCGGUCUCUCUCCUCGGGGUUCUGGAGCAAGCCUACUUCUCGCUCCAAGUGAUCUCUGCGAGGAGAAAGUUCUCCGUGGCGCCACCCUCCACCUCCGGACCUGCAGAGUUUGAGAGAGUCUACAGAGCUCAAGCAAACUGUUCCGAGUACUUCCCCCUCUUCAUCACCGUGCUGUGGCUAGCCGGCCUCUUCUUCAGCCAAGGCCUGUCCUCAUUCUGUGGCCUUCUGUAUUUAUAUGGACGCUACCUCUACUUCAGAGGGUACUGUCAGUCAUCACAGAGUCGUCUCGGCCCCAUGUACUUCUCUGCUCAGGUCCUCUGGACUCUGGUCGGGUUCUCCGGCCUGGGCAUCCUCUGUUCUCUGAGCCGCCUCUACCUUGGCCUGGACCUCAACCGGCUGGCCCUCUCCUCUCUGGGCCUGUCGGAGGACGAGAUGUAGUUCUGAUGGGAGAGGAGGAAAAGGAAGAGGAGGUGCUGAACUCUGGAGUUGAGGUCUAAGGUUAACAGCUGGAUGAGCUUUAGCUUAACCAACAGCAAAGUGUAAAGUAACAAUGCAUAAUAAGCUAAACGUGUUGUCUCCACCCCUUUACAACCUACUGGACCUGGUGUCUUUUCAGUCCAGUUCCCUGCAGUCCUGUAAAGCCACAAUCCUGAACAUUUACAACCAAACAAACAUCAAUUUUUAUGCCCCACCCCCCCUUCUCCGAAUUGCACUUGGCCAAUUACUCCACUCUUCCAAGCCGUCCCGGUCACUGCUCCACCCUCUCUGCCGAUCCGGGGAGGGCUGCAGGCUACCACAUGCCUCCUCCGAUACAUGUGGAGUCGCCAGCCGCUUCUUUUCCCCUGACAGUGAGGAGUUUCACCAGGGGGCGUAGCACAUGGGAGGAUCAAACUGUUUCCCCCAGUUCCACCUGCCCCCUGAACAGGCGCCCCAACCAACCAUAGGAGGCGCUAGGGCAACUACCACGCCACAUACCCACAUCCGGCCAGUUGUGUCUGUAGGGAUGCCCGACCAAGCAGGAGGUAACAUGGGGACUUGAACCGGAGAUCCCCGUGUUGGUAGGCAAUGGAAUAGACCGCCACGCCACCCGGACGCAUUUUUAUGCUUUUUGAUGCCGGUGUAUUUAAGACCAAAAUGUUACCACAAAUAUACAAAUUACGGUAGUCAUGAAACAAAAACAACGGUGUCAGGAUUGUGUUGGUAAAAAUCCUUUAAAGUAAAAAACUGUUGUCUCUUUUGUCAGAUCUCCCAGAAACACACGUAUCACAUUCAGAAUGUCAACAAAUAAACACAUGUAUCACAUUCAGAUUGUCAACAAAUUUACACAUGUAUCACAUUCAGAAUGUCAACAAAUAAACACAUGUAUCACAUUCAGAAUGUCAACAAAUAAACACAUGUAUCACAUUCAGAAUGUCAACAAAUAAACACAUGUAUCACAUUCAGAAUGUCAACAAAUAAACACAUGUAUCACAUUCAGAAUGUCAACAAAUAAACACAUGUAUCACAUUCAGAAUGUCAACAAAUGAACACAUGUAUCACAUUCAGAUUGUCAACAAAUAAACACAUGUAUCACAUU